AUGUCUAAUUCACCAAAUCCAGCUCAUAUACAAAAUAACGUUACAUAUAUAGAUACCAAAAUGACUUCAGAUCCAGAUUUACAUUAUAAUGAAAUCGAUUAUCUUGUCAAUUCAUUAUCUUCGCCAUUAAGUUCUCUAAGCAUUAAUGAUUCAGAAGAAUCCAAUACAAAGAAACUUUAUCAUCAACAACAGUUAAAUCUAAUCAAAAGAAAUUGUCCGAAUUGUUCAGAUGAAGAUUGGGAUAGUUUUAUAAACCUUUUAUACUCGAAUUCAAUUUCUGAUGAUGAUUUAUUUGAAAUUAUCAAGAGUUUUAUUAACCCAAAUUUCAAUUAUCCACAUGUAUUGAUUAAUAUAGAAUCGAAAUAUCAAAAUUUCUUUAAUAAUUUAAAAUUUUGUUUAUAUCAAGAAAGUAAAGUGAGAUUACUACAAAAUCAAAGAUAUGGACUUGACCAGCAACCAAAACAUCAAUAUCAGCCAACAUCACUGUUGUCGUCAAAAUAUCUUGAAGGUGAUUUACAUAUAAUCAAUACAAUUAAUAACAAUUAUUAUUAUAAUAAUUUUAUUUUAAAUAACGAUGUUGUUAAAGACGAUGAGAUUAUCUUCAGUAAAAAUGAAAAUUCUGAACUUUAUGAUCAUUUCAUAAGAAUAUUAUUUACCACUAGAGAAUCAAUGCCAGAUGAUUUAUGGGAAGAGUCGGUCUUUGAGUGUCUUGGAAAUUGGCCGAAUCUAAUUGAACAAUUCAAACAAAUUAUUAUUCGUGAAACCAUUAAUUUUUAA